AUGGUUGAACUCCAUGUAUUUGUUCAUGGUAUCACUGGCUUUGAUAAUUUAGCACCUAACUUGGAGGAAGUUGUAAGUAAAGCCCAAUCAUGUGAGAAGCUAAAAGUGGAGGCUGAAAAGUGUUUGGCACAAAGUGAAAGAUUCAGCAACGAGAAGGCAGAAUUUGAAUCUGCAAUCUAUGCAAAGGCACGUUUUCUUGGAGUUUCGAAUUCAAAAAAGGCAAAACUUAGAGAGCUUCGAGACAGGCUUUCAAAACAGGAAAGUUCAGGAAAAUUGCUGGAAGAAGAAUCUACCGAAAAAACUGAGAUUUAUGGAAAUGAUGAUGAAAAAAGUGAGGACGAGCCUGCGAAGGAUCUUAUUGGUACUUCAAAGAAUGUUCUAGCAAGUAGGUCUCGCGGUCGCAAGAGGAAGUAA